CAUCGUGCGGCAGAGCCCUCAUACCUCAGCGCGGAUGCUCCCAUUCAAAACUACCGAGGAUUUCUGAAUUUAGGCGUUAUUAUUUUGAUUGUUUCUAACUUUCGGCUGAUCUUGGGCACAAUCCGUAGCAACGGAUUUGUCUUGACGACUGCAGUGAAGCACUACAAGAACCUAAAUCACCUCAAGGAAGAUCCCUGGCAGGAAUUUCCUUUUGUAUCAGGAUUUCUUCUCCAGCUCGUCUUUGUUUCGAUUGCGUUUGGGAUCGAAUGGAUGUUGUGCCGGAAAUACUUCAACGAAAACUUCGGCAUGAUCCUUCAUCACUUCAAUGCCCACUCAGCCUUGCUGAUACCUUUAGGUAUUGUUUGGAAUCUCAUCGAUAGACCUGCGGUUGGUGCAAUUUUGCUUUUACACGCUACGAUAACAUGGAUGAAACUCAUUUCUUACAUGUUGGCGAACGAAGAUUACCGGCUAUCAUCGCAUUCAGAUGAGGCGAACAUUAACUACCCCCAAAAUGUUACUCUCCGCAACAUUUUUUAUUUUUGGUGUGCUCCGACGUUGACUUACCAGAUUGCCUUCCCGAAGUCCCCGCGAGUUCGCUAUUGGAAAAUCGCGGAUAUCCUGAUGCGCAUGACGGUGUCCAUCGCACUAUUCACCUUUUUGCUGGCACAAAUUGUUCAGCCUGCAUUGGAAGAGCUAGUGAGCGACCUGGACGAGACCAAUGGAUCCUACACCGCAGCAAUAUUUGCCGAGCUGAAACUUUCGAUUGCUAACACAUAUUUAUGGCUUCUUAUGUUCUAUACAUAUUUCCAUUUGUAUCUGAACCUCUUUGCUGAGCUUCUGCGAUUUGGAGAUCGUGUGUUCUACAAAGAUUGGUGGAAUUCGUCGGAAGUAUCUGCAUAUUGGAGGCUUUGGAAUAUGCCUGUUCACUAUUGGUUGAUCCGACAUGUGUAUUUCCCCUGCGUGCGACUGAAGAUGCCGAAGGUCGCUGCAACCUUUGUCGUUUUUUUCCUCUCCGCCGUUAUGCACGAGGUGCUUGUCAGCGUACCCUUUCAUAUUAUUCGUCCGUGGUCUUUUAUCGGGAUGAUGAUGCAGAUUCCUUUGGUUGCGUUCACAAAGUAUCUCUAUCGCAAAUUCCCGGGCGGCUCGUUUGGUAAUGUCCUGUUCUGGAUGACAUUUUGCGUCAUUGGCCAGCCAAUGGCGAUUCUCUUGUAC